AUGCCGUCAUCCAACUCCAGCCAGCAAUUGCGUCUUGGAGGAUUCUCUCCUGCUUUCAAGCCCAGCGGCAGGCACAGACCCGGUCUAGUGCCCGUCGCUUCUCACUCUUCCCAAUCACAAUCCAUCUAUGAAUCUCAAAGCCAGGCUUUUGGAGGUCCAGUGGGGUCUCAGUACCGAGCUUAUACCCAGUCUCAAGCCGAAGCGCAGUCACUCGAAGAGUCAGAAGAACGAGGAGAAGGAUCUCAACCUAAGCGCAAGUCUCGAGCUACCCCUCGGCCCAAAGAGAACAGACCUUUGUCUGCUCUGGCCAGAGGAGCAGGAGGCAAGGGCAUAGAGGACUUGAUAGCCUCGCCCAGAGGCUCUCCCUCGAAGCGUAUCCUCGGUCCCAGUUUAAGAAUCAUGAUUCUGGAAGACAAGCUCUCGUCUGAGGAGGUAGAAGAGCUGCAAAACCUUGUCCGCGCUUUGGGCGCCGGAGUGGCGAGGGCAGACCUGGCUAAUUUGGUCCUCAGUGAGGUCAAAGCUCCAGCUAGAGUGAAGAGGGCUAUUGGUGCAGACUUGCAAGAGCGCGAAGUCCCGGUGGUGCAUAAAGAUUGGCUUCUUGCUUGCAAAGUGCAGAGGAUACAGCUGCCCUUUGAUGACUUUAGGGUUUGGCCAAAGAAAGCGACAUCGCGCUCUGUCUCUCCAGCCAAUGCUGCAAAUGCAGAUACCUUGGAAAGCAAGCCAGCGAGGAAGAGGAGGAAGACGGCUGAUCCUGAGCCAGAUCUGCCAGGCGCCACUGCGACGAGCGAAACGCAAGAAUCUAGGACUGAGUCUGAGUCUGAUUCGGUCGACAAGGCCAGUACUCCGAGGAGAGGUCGAGGCAGGCCCCGCAAGGCAGCCUCGGCCGGCGAGACAAGUGAGACAGCCCCCAACAGCCCGAACGCCGUCUCGCCGCCCGAGAAUUCUGACAGAGGCUCUUCUGCUGAGAAAGCUUUGGGGAAGCGCAAGGAGUUGGUGUCAGCAGGUGGCCAAGCCGGCGAUGAUCAGGCAACCACUGGUCAGGGUGCAGAGUGGGAUGAAGCAGUCCCAGAAUGGACCAAUCACCCUUACGCUUGCUUCCGACCCACACCUCUGAAGUCGGUGCACAAUCAGCGACUGGUCGACGAACUGGAAGUAAUUCGAACGAGUCGCAAUUUGACGUCCACCUCUUCGAUCCAAGACCAGCACAACUCCGCAGCUUAUGCUCGAGCAAUCAGCUCCAUCAAAGCGUAUCCUCAUGAUCUGGCACAGAAUGUCAGGGCUGCCAAGGACCUCAAGGGCGUUGGGGCGAAGAUAUACAAAUUAGUCCAGCAAUUCUACGAGCUGGGCUACAUCGCAGAGGCGCAAAGCAUCAAAGAAGACAAGAGCUUUGCCAUCAUGAGGAGCUUCAUGGACUUCUAUCAAGUGGGACCGACGAGGGCUCGAGCAGCUUACCAAGCAGGCGCGAGGACGCUGGAAGAUCUCUGCGCGGGUGGGGGAUCUUACACUGAAAAGAUCGGAAGGGAAGAGUGUCUAAGGGUACUUCCCGAUCUGGUACAGCGCAUGAAUAGGAGCGAAGUGGAAAAAAUCGCAGAGACGAUUAGCAAAGAGUUCGAAGAGGUCUUGCCACGCGUUGAAUAUACAAUCGCUGGUAGCUACCGGAGAGGCAAGCCUACCAGCUCGGACGUGGACCUAAUCAUUACCGACACGUCGGACGAUGGGAAGGAGAUGUUGAGCAAUCCUAACACUCAGCUCUCGAUGCUCAAUCACGUUCUCGACAAUUUGAAGCGCAAGGGUGAGCUGCUUGGACAGAGGGAGAGCACUCAGACUGCCUCCGAGGUGUCACAGGGAGCUGACGACGCUUCCCUUUCCACAUCAUAAGCAUAUUUGACUCACAUAGUAGGUGCACCUUCACGCGACGUGAAAAUGUAAGCGUUGGCUGAAAGCUCGGGUAGCAAUGCUAGCUUCUGAUCUGACGCUGCGUCUGCUUGGCCCAUUCGUACGCAUCCAACAGAGGUGACAUCAAAGCGCCCAAAAUUCAGAUCGCCGAAAUAGUGGUGCUCCCGACGUCUUCGACCGGCGAACGACCGAUUCACCGAAGAGUCGACGUGAUGCUAACAAAUCCUCAAGUGUACGGAGCGACAAUUGUGGGUUGGACGGGAAGCACCAUGUUUGAGAGGGACAUCCGAAGACAGGCCAAGGAUCUAGGUUUCAAAUUCCAUUCGCAUGGCCUGGUGAGGGUGGAGAAUGAGAAGGUGGCCCUCAGUACGCCCACAGAGCAGGACGUGUAAGUCGCGCAAACGGAGUACUGGGGUUCGCUCUGGCAGUCACUGCCGCCUUUUGACAGGGUUGUCUAGACUGACACGCUCAUCACUUUGACGCUGCGACAGCUUUGAUAUGCUCAAGCUGCCCUUUAUGCCUCCUCACCUGCGGAACUGCGAUGCGUAG